AUGGUUUACCUACAUGUCAAUGAUGUCUCGUUGUCGUUAGUUGAGUUCUCGUUUAAGGAGAACAUGUUGGUGCAUAAUGAUGUGAUCAAGUUUUUGAGGUUGACUUUUAUGGCGGCUACCCACAAUCAAAGGAAGGCUCGACUAUUACGGGCAAUUAUGCGUAUUCAACUUAUGCCCUUGGUCCAGGUCUUUCAUACAUAUAAUUGUGUCAAAAAGAGAGUGUCUAAUGAGCGUUGCAUCCAUAGCGUCAUGGUUAAACAAUCGGGAGCCCGCUCCCGCAAAAACCUGGAGACCUGCAAGGUUGUAAUUAAGGAGUUUGUCGACCUAAAGAUCGACAUAUUUAUGAGGCCACAUAUAAAAUUAGGUAUUAGGUAUGUCGGUGUCCAUUCCUUUAAACGGGAGACGGGGAGAGCCUUCCUCUCCCUGAAGCAUAUAGCUAGAUUUCUCGGAAAGGGAUUGGCAAAAUGCUUUCUUGAGCAGCAUGUUGAUUGUCGUAGUGGAUACCUUCCCUUUAGGAUAUUGGGAACUUCAAGGCAUAGUGAGCAGUUCGGCCCAAGAUGGCAUUAUACUCUGUCUCGGUGGCUGGUCGGCUGGCUGACCUUGCUAGCUGUUGACGGCUGUUCUGCUCUUGGAAAGUUGUUAGAGCCUCAAGAUUGUGUUUCCCAUAUCCUCCCUGUAAUUGCUAACUUCCUCAGAGGCCUGAAUUUGAACACGGAUAUGAGAGCGGCCAGAAGCCAGUGGGGAGUACGAAUCCGAGUAUGGAUCAUUGAGCUAGACAGCUUAAAUAUUGGGUGGCCGGGAAGUCGUAUUUUGCCGUGUUCAGACAGCUCUAAACAAACGGUCCAAACUACCCCGCGCAUGGAUAUACAAGUGUUCAAGUGUGAUAUUGCCAGAUACAGAGAGGAUAAGGAUAAGCAGGAUAUGCUUGACAGAAACAGAGGAGAGAAUUUGACAAAAGCUCAAGAUGAUCUGAAAAAGAAACAACACCCACACGAUAAGUCUUUGGAGUUUGUCCUAGAGAACCGGCGUUGCUCGGUUUUCAUUCCUCGGGAAUUGUCUUUUCUUUCUUUCGGCACCGAUUUGACUUGA